AUGUCCGUGGCCUUCUUAGCCGAUAAGACGCAAUCCAAAAUCUCUAUACGAGACUUACAAAAUGCGGCAUCAAGUCUUGGUAUCCAGAUACGAGAUGCCCAAGAAGCAGAAGAUUAUCUACAUCUGCUACAAUCCGCAGAAGCAGUCAUGAGACAAAUCCAAGUAGAAGAUGAUUACGUCCACCCCAGUCUAUCUCCUGUGGCAACAACUACGCCUCGAGUAUUCUCAGAGCCAGAAAAGGAGGAGAAUCCUCUGAAUGCAUGGCGACAUCGCUUUGAGCUCGUUGCUCAAAACCCGACCAGCACGACCCUCCACGGAAAGACCAUCGCCAUUAAAGACAACAUCUCCAUCGGCGGUAUCCCGACAACAGUCGGGACAUUUACAGAGCUAUUAUGUGCAGAUGGUCAUCUGCCUGUUUCUCCAAUCGAUGCAUUAGUGGUAUCCCGAGUUCUGUUAGCCGGCGCUACCAUCAAAGGGUCCUCGACUUGCGAGAAUUAUUGCGCGUCGCCGCUGUCUUAUAGUGCUGCGACGGGUCCGGUGCAUAAUCCCCGGCUUCGAGGAUAUACCGCGGGCGGAAGUAGUAGUGGCUCAGCAGCGCUUGUUGCGGCAAGGCUCUUGCACGGGGAAGAUCAAGGUCCUUGUGGAGAAACGGUCGAUAUUGCGAUUGGCGGUGAUCAGGCUGGUUCUGUCCGGAUACCUGCUUCCUAUAGCGGGAUUUAUGGAUUGAAACCCACGUAUGGCUUGGUCCCAUAUACAGGAGCUGUGCCUUUAGCGCCGAUGAUUGAUCAUUUGGGGCCGAUGGCGGGGAAUCUUGAAGACAUUGCUAUGUUACUACAGGUGAUGGCAGGGUAUGACGGAAUAGACCCACGCAUGACUCCUGAAUCACCGCUGCGAGACCAGGUGCCAAAUUACCCUAAAAUCUUAGGGAACAUCAAAACAAGAAUCCUUGAAGAUGGGCAGGGAUUUGUUUCUGGUUUGAAGAUUGGUUUGCUCGUCGAAUCCUUUGAGGUCAUGGGAUUGUCAGAUCAGGUUCGCGACACGGUACUUGAGGCAGCCCGGCGGUGCUUCACCGCAGCCGGAGCCGAAGUAAUAGACGUUUCGGUCCCCAUGCAUCGACAGGGAGCACUCAUUUGGACAGCUUCGACCAGGAUGUCAAUGUCCGAAUGGGCAUGUCAAGGCAAGACAUCGGGCUUCCUAUCAUUCCUCCCGCCACAUAUUCAAGCUCGCUGGCCUCCGGACCAGAAAAUGUACGAAUUGAUGACAGCGACGAACCCGGCAGCAAUGAAUAUGAUGCUUAGCGGUCAGUUUCUAAAGGAACAAUUUGGUCCGAGCGUUGAAGCCAAGGCCCACCGUAAAGUGUUUGAGCUGCGGGCGGCUUAUGAUCGAGCUUUGACCGAGGUGGAUAUUCUCAUCACGCCUUGUGCCCCGACUGUUGCUAUGCCGCAUCCGAAAAUGCAGGCUGAUGCCGAAGGGUCUAGUUCCAGCGUGAUGGAUAAGGUGUCGGUCGCUGUUGGGGUGACUACCAAUACAGCACCAUUCAAUGUCACUGGACAUCCGGCUCUGAAUGUGCCCUGUGGAUUCGGUUGGGAUUCAAAUCAUGUUGAGGUGAAACUGCCGAUUGGUAUGCAGCUCGUCGGAAGGAGAUGGGAAGAUGCGAUGGUUCUCAAGGCAGCAGCGGUAUUUGAGCAAGGAAGGAAAUUAGCGCCAUAG